AUGGAUUACGAGUUAUACCAAGAAAUUCUACAAUGCAUAGAGGGUCGAAUCACCAGACAAGAUACUUCAUACAGAAAGUCUCUAUCACCAGGCUUGAAGUUGGCAAUUACGUUGCGUUACCUUUCUGCAGGCGACAGCUACCACUCCCUGAUGUAUGGUUUCCGGGUAGCGCACAACACCAUUUCCAAGCUUAUACGUGAAGUUUGUGAAGCCAUUAUUGCUGAAUUUGCAGAGGAGCUUAUCCCCUGCCCUACUACAACCGACGAAUGGAAGGACAUUGCCAAACAUUUCUCUGACAAAUGGCAAUUUCUCCAUUGUCUCGGUGCCCUGGACGGCAAACAUAUCGCCAUUAAAUGCCCCAAGGGAGGAGGAUCGUUGUACUAUAACUACAAAGGGUUCCACUCCAGCAUAUUAAUGGCACUGGUGGAUGGCGAUUACAAGUUCACUUGGGUGGAAGUAGGAAGUCACGGAUCUGCCGGUGAUGCCCAAGUUUUCAACAACAGUGAACUGAAGGAAGCCAUAGAUAAGGGGGUCCUCCAUUUUCCACCGUCUGAUCCCCUUCCAGAUGAUGACACAGAAAUGCCGUAUUUCAUAGCUGCAGACGAUGCUUCGCCUUAA